AUGGGAAUGUCAUCCACGGCAAUUUUUAUCAGGAGUCGAGUUGACGUUCUUAUGAAGACUGAUCACUCGGUUCUCUACAUUGACAAAGCUGAGCCAGGUAUUGUUUUAAAAGCUGAAACAAUAUGGAUAGAUGGUACACCCUACGGUCCGCCAUUGAUGGCAGAAGAAACCGGUCAUGAACUCACUCGUGAGCACGACAUUUAUAAAGCUAUAUCCCCCUAUCCUUACAUAACGAAAUGCUUUGGUAUUUCUCAUAAUGAUAACGGCCUUGCUAUUGCACUCAAGCUGGAGCGAGCGACUAAGGGCAAUCUCCGUCACAUCAUCGAGGAAACUGCAGAACCGCCUUCAAUGCAUCGCCGAAUUGAAAUGGCUACCAUUCUUGCCGAGAGUAUUACGUACCUGCAUUCCAGAGGAAUUAUAUGGGGAGACAUCUCUACCAGAAACGUCCUCGUUUUCAGUGACGAUACCCUGAAGAUAUGCGACUUCACCAGUUCUGAUCUCGGCCAGGCUUACCCCGAGUUCGGUCCCCAUACAUACGAGCUUGAAUACUGCCCAGCUCUACCAGAGGAACAAGUCAGUGAGCUUUCCAUUAUGGAACGAGAGCUGUAUGCUCUUGGAUCUGUGAUCUACGAGAUUACGGAAUGGAAAUUCCCAUAUGCAGGCAUCGAUGGCGAUAUUUGGGACAUUGUCGAAGCAGGUAUUAUACCUGUCAUUGGGAUUGAGAAUACUGCUGGAGGAAUAAUCUAUCGAUGCUGGAAGUUUGGAUAUGAUUCUGCGAGUGCUGUACUGGGUGAUCUAACAGCCCUUGUGAAGCAGGUGCCAAAGAAAUGA